ACUUGGGUCAUUGGUUGGGCAUUCCAGCGACAGGGAGAGAGUCUCUUUUUUUCGUGUCUUGCUCCAACACUGCAGUGUGUGGACUGAGAGUUAGAGUGAGAAAGUCUUCAGAUCUUUGCCUGGGUUUAGCUCUGGUGUUAGUUCGUCCGUCGCUGAAGUAGCACUGCAACCCAAGAAAUUCGCACCUCCCAGCGUUCGAGUGUUGGUGCGUAGUAGCUGUAGCAGCGAAGUGUGAACCAACUCAGUUUCCACUUCCAGCCCCGUACAUGGUGUAGGCUCGGAUCAUCAGGCUCUACCGAAUGUGUGUAGACAAGGACACAAUCUGCAGCAAAGACAGCGCUAGGCAUUCAGUUGGAUAGGAGCCGUCCCGGGGCCUGACUGACUGCUGCGUGGACACGUUUCCUACAUUGAUGCGUUGAACUGUUCUGUAUUAUUAUCAUCGCCGCUUCUCCCCACUGAGCAGCGGUGCGGGUUGAGUUUGACCAGUCGACUAACGCUAGUAGUAGUGGAGUGUCCCUCUAGCUCUUCGUUUCUCGAGUGUUGUGCAUUGCACGGCCGCGCUUGCUGCUCAUCGAAAACGCGGACGGGGAUUGCUGUUGUCUGUGGAAUUGCUGCUACUUCUGCAGUCCUGUAUUCUCUGUUCGUAUUGGCUGUUGGUGGUGUGCCCGUGACAAGAAGAAGGAAGAGGGCUUGUGGUUAGCCGUAUGUUCUCCUGCGUGAGAUGGCGGAGAAAUCACCCGCUCGCGGCAGAAUGGAGGAAACAUCACUGCCGACAGAUACAUCUGUGAAAGCGUCCACCGCCACAGCGGCAACAGGAGGAGCAGCAGUGAAAGUAGCAGCGCCCUGUGAAGAAUUUACCUACAAAGAGACCCUGGAGAAUCGUGGCGAAAUCUAUCGUGUGUAUGAUUACGUGCUGGUCGAUGCACCGAAAGAGGAUUUGAAAAUAGCGCAAAUCACACACAUUCCCCAGCGUCACAUAAAGGAUCGCACUCUUGUGCUGCGCCAGUAUAAUCUCUUGACACAACCCAAGCUUCAGACUGUCAGGAAGGAAAUUCUGGACGAAAGGAGCAGACUGAAAGAUCCCCUAAGUCAACUACUGUGUUCUCCGGACAUCUACCGGUCAGAGGUGAUACAAAUAACCAGUGCGGAUUACAAGACCAUCCCCAAGCAGCACCUUCGUGGAAAGGUGACUGUGAAACAGAUAUCCGACAUCGGUGACAGCGACGCCCUAUCGGCGUAUGUCCAGGAGGAGCACCAUUACUAUCACGUCAUGAACAUGCAGCAGCAUAACGGGUUGACAUUCCCCAAUGAUCCUGACAAACACCCGUCAGUAAUUCUCGAAGAUGAGCUGCCAAUGUGCAGAGAUGGAGUUUGCGAGGAUGAGGAAGGUGCUCAGCUGGUAUAUAACGAGAAGGAUAUCAGCAUAGGUGAUGAGGGUCGGCUCUUGCAGUGUGUAUUUCCUAAGCUGGUUGAGCGCUUGGAGAAACUCAGUCCUGGAAUUGAGAACUCCAAAUCACCAUGUAAUCAACACCCAGCAACUUGCAAAGUGAAGGAAGAAGGCGAGGAGGAUGUGAAAGUCGAAGGCUCUGCAUGCAAGGAUAGCGAUCACCCGCACUUCAGUAAUUGUCACGUGAGGACGAAAAGGAACGGUCUCCACUUCCCUCGAUGUGAGCGUGUUGAUAGCACCCUACUGAUUGGCUUGCCGCAUAUUAAGUACCAGGACCAGGACACCGGUGCACGCUUGCAAGAAAUGACGGCACUCGUCAGCACCGUAGGGAUUGGCCAUCGACCCGCGCACUCACCGCUGCCUGAACGCCUAGCUGAUGUCACGAAAGGAAGUAGUUUGAGUGUAGCUUUUUCUGAUCCAGCUGUCCAAGCUGUGUCAACUCAGGCUGUUGCCUCAUCACUUGGCCAGCAGGGCGUAUCGGCUUUUGUUCCCGUAGAACGGAAACACGAAGCUGCUAUCAAUGUGCAAGCGGGACAGGCGGAAUGCAGUAAAAUGAGCCCAGAACGUGCGCUGCCGUUCAGCCCAUCGGAUGGAGAAGAAGACGGUGAGCUGGCUGACGAGGACUCAUCGACUGGCGCUCUCGACUCGACGCCAAGUAAUAGCAGCCCAGUGUGGGAUGAUGGGGCGGACGGAUGCCAUAAUGAUGACAUACUUGCAGCAGUCGGUAUACAGGAUCGACGUCCCUCAGGCAGCUUAUUGUCCAGCAUCCGUGCACCACAGCAGCAGCACAACAUGGAUUCACGGCCUUCGUCCACCGAAGCUCUGCCAACGCAGGAAGAGCUUACAGCAUUAACACCAGUACCGACUGCAGUCUCGCCGGCGCAGUUCGCUGCCAACUCACCGACGGCACGUCAGUCUCCCGAUCCGGACGUCAACACAGUAGCAGCCGAUGAAGAACCACCAGCAGCGUCCGCGCUGAAAGCUGCAAAGACGAGGAAGGGCCGGCCAGUGAAGAGAGGUCGUCCCAAGAAAGAAAUGGCGAAUGUAGACUGGGUAGCAAUGUUCACGGGGCAAGUGAAAAAAGUCUCACAAGAUAUCUCACAGCUGAUGUCUCCAUCUCCAAGCGUGCUGGCGACGGAGCAGUGUGAUGAUAAGCGUGACAAGCAUGAACCAGGUGUUCUUAUGAGAAUGUUACUUCCUGAUCGCUGGAUUCAGGUUAUCCACGAUAAGCUUCAUGAAAACAAGUACAAUAUCGACCAGACCAUUAAGGCGCUAGAGGGAACAACAUUUCCUGCCAUUUCCUUGGCCGAACUGUUCAGCGAUCAACACCGGCGUGGAUUCUUAACGUGCCUGAGCGCAUAUGGGAAAGACCCGAAUCAGCUGGCCAUUGCCACUGAAUCUUCGCGGGAGAAGUGCAUGGACUACUACUACAUGUGGAAGCGCAGCCCCGAAGCGCGAGCAGCCAAGCAAACCAAGGACUGGAGCAACAGGAAAAGAAGCAAUGACCAAGCGCACACAGCACCGACACGCUUGCGAGCUGCUCGCAAUGAGACAACAUAUGGUGCAUCAAUGCGGACUGGUGCCAUUCGAGUUGAGGAUGUGAAAACCCGCAGUCAGUCCGGUCAUCCACCACGUACGCGUCAUCAAAUUGAGGCGGUGAAAGAUGAGAAGCCAUUGAAGAAGCAGUCACGCGGUGUGAAGAGGCCACACUCACCUGCCAUCACCGCCGUCAGCAAGAAGGAGAAGGUGGUUGUGGCGAAUGGCCGUGCUCAACAGAAGCGCAAGCACCCAGCUACAAUAGCUUCCUCCGGUGCCACGGCCAGCAAAAAGAAGAAGGUCGAAGACUCCUCGUCAGCUUGCUCGGUAUCACCGGUAACUGCUGAUCUAGCAGACGAUCCCGAUUAUCCUGACCCUAGUGAGAGAGGUGCAGCAACGGCGGCGGCCAAGAAGCGACCUGCUGCUGCUGCACGUUCAAAACGAGCUAAGCAAGCACAGCCGGCAGCACAACAGCAACAGUCAAUGCCACAGCAGCAGCAGCAACAACAACAGCAUGAAGCUGCAUCGCCAGAGCCGCAAGCAACGGCUGAAGAAGCAGACGACUCGCCACCUUCUCCCCUACUAGAUACUGCAUCGCAAGGUGUAGCUAGCGAGAGCGGCAGUUCUGAGCGGAACCUUGAACCAAAAUAUGAACAAUUCGGCUUUAGCGCCCUCUUUCUUGAAGCAAUUGUUCUGGAACCGGAUGGCCGUCGAGCUGGCUCUCAAUGUGCAAGAACAUAUUUGGCUUUCCAUCGGAAGAUACCGAAGUGUGACCGGGUCGGCGGCCAUGGCGGUGCCAACGUUUUGGCAAUGCCGCAGCUCACUGGCUCUUCUGCGGCACCGGAGCAAGGAGAGUUCAGAGUGGCGGUGCCAGUGGCGGAGCGAGCGUCUUCCCAUCCGACAUUGGUAGCCGGAGUGGCCGGCGGUCAACCUACAUAUCACCACCACUCACCUUCAGCUCGUACCGGUGGUCCAGCAGCAGUAUCUGCUGUGCCCGCUGGUCUUCAUGGCAUGGCUGGUAUGCAGCAAGUACCGGUGACUACGGUUGCCACCUCUGAUGCCAACAGUCUUGUCAUGCUGGCAGCAGCACAGACGGGAAGUGCGCCAGUCAACAACGUAUCCCCUGAUCUUGCUGCGCGCCAUCACGCCAACAACUUGCCACCCGUCAUCCAGCCCCAUGCCAUCCGCGGUGCACCACAAGGCUACUACAUUCCUCAGCAGAUGAUGACCGUGGAGCAGGCGGCUGCUGCUGCCGCUGCUGCAACUGGUGCGGUGACUUCAUCCGGGGAGCACCUGAUAGCGACAAGCAUCCAGCCUGGCGGCUACCCAGCCAGCGCGUAUGCACCUGGACAGCCUGUCAUGGUAUCCAUGUAUGGAGACACACCUGCUUACGGAGGACACCCGCAGCAGCAGCAGCAACAACACCAGCACCACCAGCAGCAGCAACAACACCAGCAGCAGCAACAGCAACAACAGCAACAACAGCAACAACAACAACAGCAACAGCAACAGCAGCAGCAGCAACAACAGCAGCAGCAGCAGCAACAACAGCAGCAGCAGCAACAACAACAGCAACAGCAACAGCACCAGCAUCAUCCGAAUGAUGUGUCGAACCCGAAUGCUCCCGCUGCAAAUCAGCAACAGCAGCUGCAGCUGCCAGCAGCAGCAUUGGCGCACCAGCAGCAGCAGCAUAGAACAUCCCCAUCCCAAGUAGUCCAGUCCCAAGCUCCACACAACUCCAGAUCACGGCAACGGACGAGCAGCAAUGGCAAUCACAAAACCAGUGCUACUGCUGCCACUGCUCAGUCCAGUGCUACAGCGCUAGCUGUUCCAAACCAGCCAGCAUCUCAUGCGCCGUCGCACCAGCCACGACGCUCUCCAUCUCGCCAGUUGUCUCCUGCUGCUGCGUCGGCACACGUGCCUGCGGCACAAACGUACACUCAACACCCCAUAUCAGGGAUGGCAGUUUCUGCUUCUGCAGCGGCACAGCAUCAAACGAUGACUGUACAGCAGCAGCAGCAGCAGCAGCAGCAGCAAGCACAGCAACAGCAUGCUGUUCCUGUGCAUGUAGCCACCGGUGCAGGUGGUCAUAUGGCUGUACAGGUAGCGCCACACGUCUAUCAACAGUACCAGCAGGCAUAUAAUCCCCGCGAGCAUGCUCCCGCUAUGCAGCAGCCGCAGCAAUCUGUUGCUGUUGUGUCCACUCAUACCCAUGAGCAGCAGCAGCAGCAGCAGCAACAAGCUCAUCAAGCGCGCCAGCAGCAACAGACACCUCAGCAACCUGUGCAAGCUCAGCAUCCACCGAGACAGAGACAGCAGCCGCAGCAGCAGCAGCAACAGUUGCAGCAGGCUGAGCAACAACAAUAUCAUCGAAGAGGAGCUGAGGAGACAAACCACUCCAGUACUAAUGCUCAACACCACUCACUUACACAGGCACAGCAGCAACCACAACAACAACAGCUGCACAAUCAUCAGGAGGCUCCCGCCCAUCACCAUCAGCAGCAGCACCAGCAGCACCAGCAGCAACAGCAGCAGCAGCAACAACAGCAGCAGCAGCAGCAGCAGCAACAACAGCAGCAGCAACAGCAGCACCAGCAGCAACAUGUAAUUGCUAUGCCACAACAAAUGGUACUACCAGCUGCUGCUGCAACUGCUGCAGGAAUGCCAGCUGGUGUGCAGUACCUUGCUCCUCGUUCAGACAUGUCUGCUGCUGCUGGAGCAGCAGGGGCAGCACAGCCACAAGCUGUGCAAAUGAUUCCCAUAGCUGGCCCUGGCGGUCAGGUUCAAAUGCAGGUCUUGCCUCAUUUUGCUGCCACAGUGCCUGCUGGACAUGCCCAGUUUGUUAUGCAAGCCGCACAGCCCUUUCCACAAGUCCAGUACACUCAGGGCAGACAUCCUGGUAUGCAGCAGCAGCAGCAGCCCGUCUAUCUUCCAGGCCAGGCCAAUCCUGCAGUGUAUUUUAUUCAAUCAUCGUAAUAUGCUGCAUGUUGAAGCAGCUUCCUGAUGAGAAGAAGGACUGCUCUGCCAACUUUGAGAGGCCUUGUACAUGCAUGUGUGUCUCUUUUCACCUCCCCCCCCCCCCCCACACACACACACAAUCUUCUUCUCCGAUGGAGCCAUAACUAUAAAGCCAUUCGUGUAGAUAUGGUAUACAUCCAGAUCCCAACGCUGCUGGCUGAUGCUGCUUACUGCUGAUCUAUCGUGGGCGGCAAGUGACUUAUUCUUUGUCCGCUGUAGGCAUGAGUACAGCAGACAGCAUUCCUAGCAGACAUGUUUGAAGUUGGGUAGACAGAAGGAAAACCCGUUCUGUUGUCUAAAGUCUAUUUUUUCAUUGCCUGAAAAAAAUAUGGCGAAAUAUUCUUCUAUUGUUCUUGUCCUCCAGCACCAAAACAGCCACUGGAUUCAUUUAGGUACUUGUUUUCUCUCUUUCUUUUCUUACGCAUUGUUCCCAUUGAUCUGAGAGAACAUCGCAAAUCUCCUGUAACCAAACCCCUGAACUUUUUUUUUAUCGUCAAAGCUCGUACAGUAACCAUCUAUUUAAUUGUCCUUGCGUUUGCAAACUAUUGCGCACAUACAUGUCUCGAUACACACUUUUGCCUCGGACCUUGCACUCCGAACCCCUUUGCUUUCUACUACCCUUGCCGCACAUUCUUAGAGAACCGGUUUGAAACGGGAGAAAUCGGAUACGUCUAGAACGCCUAGCGGGACAAUGCACCGCACACCUCGUCGUAGUGCUUGUCAACCCUGCUCUUAGCUUAGACUCCCGGUCAAUUUCUGACCGUGGCGCUGUAUAUAUUGUAUGUAGCAGUUACUGUGUGUUUCGUCUCCGUUUGUUCAUUGUUGCACUGUGCUGCUCUACUGUACUAUAGGCCCUGCUUUUGUAAAUAUCUCUUCACUGUCGAUUGACCCUGAUCGUCGCUGCUGCUCCGCUGUAGUGCUUUGCAUGGUAGCUGUAGAUCUAGCUGACGCUGCUCUACUAGAACUUUCUAUUGUAAUAUGCUGACUCAAUGUUAUGUUGACUCUUGAUUCUUCUGAUGUGAAAAUGGCCCACAAUUGUGCCGACGUCCAUGAUCUGGUUUGCUGGGCUAUGUUCAAAUUGUCAACCCUCGUGUUUUGUUUCGUACACUCUGUAUCUCUUGAUUUUUCGAACUCCUUGCAGCAGCUCUAUUGCUUUUGAUUUCUUGCUUUAUUAUUAACAUGACCUUGGAAUUAUAUCAA